AGCUCGCAGUGGAGAGUCCCGGGGACGGCCAGAGAGAGAACCCCGCGGACAGGGUGGUCUCCAGGGGUGAUCUGGGGCGGGAACAGGGGAGCCUGUGCAGCACUAAAGGCAGGACCAUACUCCUUUGUGAACAGCCAGGAGUGGACCCUGAGCCGCUCGGUUCCGGAGCUUAAAGUGGGCAUUGUGGGGAACCUGUCUAGCGGGAAGUCGGCCCUGGUGCACCGCUAUCUGACAGGAACCUAUGUCCAGGAGGAGUCCCCUGAAGGGGGUCGGUUUAAGAAGGAGAUUGUGGUGGAUGGCCAAAGUUACCUGCUUCUGAUCCGAGAUGAAGGAGGCCCCCCCGAGCUCCAGUUUGCUGCCUGGGUGGACGCGGUGGUGUUCGUGUUCAGCCUGGAGGAUGAAAUCAGUUUCCAGACGGUGUACAACUACUUUCUGCGGCUCUGCAGCUUCCGUAAUGCCAGCGAGGUGCCCAUGGUGUUGGUGGGCACACAGGAUGCCAUCAGUGCCGCAAACCCACGGGUCAUCGACGACAGCAGGGCCCGCAAGCUCUCCACAGACUUGAAGCGCUGCACCUAUUAUGAGACGUGCGCGACCUACGGGCUCAACGUGGAGCGCGUCUUCCAGGACGUGGCCCAGAAGGUAGUGGCCUUGCGGAAGAAGCAGCAGCUGGCCAUCGGGCCCUGCAAGUCACUGCCCAACUCCCCCAGCCACUCGGCAGUGUCCGCCGCCUCCAUCCCGGCCGUGCACAUCAACCAGGCCACGAAUGGCGGCAGCAGCGCCUUCAGCGACUACUCCUCCUCAGUCCCCUCCACCCCCAGCGUCAGCCAGCGGGAGCUGCGCAUCGAGACCGUGGCGGCCUCCUCCACCCCCACACCUGUCCGCAAGCAGUCCAAGCGGCGCUCCAACAUCUUCACGUCUCGAAAGGGCGCCGACUUGGACAGAGAGAAGAAGGCUGCCGACUGCAAGGUGGACAGCAUCGGGAGCGGCCGGGCCAUCCCCAUCAAACAGGGCAUCCUGCUGAAGCGGAGCGGCAAGUCCCUGAACAAGGAGUGGAAGAAGAAGUACGUGACGCUCUGUGACAACGGGCUGCUCACCUACCACCCCAGCCUGCACGAUUACAUGCAGAACAUCCACGGCAAGGAGAUUGACCUGCUGCGGACCACAGUGAAGGUGCCAGGAAAGCGCCUGCCCCGCGCCACCCCUGCCACAGCCCCAGGCACCAGCCCCCGCGCCAACGGACUGGCCCUGGAACGGAGUAACACACAGCUGGGUGGGGGCGCAGACGCAGAGGAGUCGUUUGAGUUUGUGGUGGUGUCCCUCACUGGGCAGACGUGGCACUUCGAGGCCUCAACGGCAGAGGAGCGGGAACUGUGGGUCCAGAGCGUGCAGGCCCAGAUCCUCGCCAGCCUGCAGGGCUGCCGCAGCGCCAAGGACAAGACUCGACUGGGGAACCAGAACGCGGCUCUGGCCGUGCAGGCCGUCCGCACCGUUCGCGGCAACAGCUUCUGUAUCGACUGCGAUGCCCCCAAUCCAGACUGGGCCAGCUUGAACCUGGGCGCCCUGAUGUGUAUUGAGUGCUCAGGGACCCACCGACAUCUGGGGGCUCACCUGUCCCGGGUCCGCUCCCUGGACCUCGAUGACUGGCCACCUGAGCUGCUGGCUGUCAUGACUGCGAUGGGCAAUGCCCUGGCCAACAGCGUCUGGGAGGGCGCCCUGGAUGGCUAUGCCAAGCCCGGGCCUGACGCCUGCAGAGAGGAGAAGGAGCGCUGGAUCCGGGCCAAGUACGAACAGAAGCUCUUCCUGGCCCCGCUGCCGAGCUCGGACGUGCCGCUGGGCCAGCAGCUGCUCCGGGCCGUGGUGGAGGACGACCUGCGGCUGCUCGUGAUGCUUCUGGCGCACGGGUCCAAGGAGGAGGUGAACGAGACCUACGGGGAUGGGGACGGGCGGACGGCUCUCCAUCUCUCCAGCGCCAUGGCCAAUGUCGUCUUCACACAACUGCUCAUCUGGUACGGGGUGGACGUGCGGAGCCGGGACGCCCGGGGCCUGACUCCACUGGCCUAUGCCCGUCGGGCCGGCAGCCAGGAGUGCGCAGACAUCUUGAUCCAGCACGGCUGCCCCGGGGAGGGCUGUGGCUUAGCACCUACCCCCAACAGAGAGCCUGCCAAUGGCACCAAUGCCUCUGCUGAGCUGCACCGAAGUCCUAGCCUUCUCUGAGGCCCGCGGACGGGGCAGAGGGGCCAGGAGGACUUCUGUGGCCCGGGGCCCCUCCUCCUGACAGGCACUGGGGGAGCCAAGACACAGAGACUGAGAAGCAGGGACGUGCAGAAAGGAAGGAGAGGAAAUGAAGAGUCGUCAAAGCAGAGAGGAGCUAAACGGGAGAGACAGAGGGACCAGAGGAGGCCUCUGGGAUUUGAGCUGCAGCAGAGAGGGAGUGGGGCUAUUCUAGCCCUCUGCCCUAUGGUGCCACUGAAAAGGGACAGGACCCUUUGGAGGUACCUGUGAGGAGAGGGGAGCAGGACCUCUCCCUCCUCCAGAUUCCUGCCUUCUACUGCCAGCCCCCUGCAAGCCUUCCUCCUAGAACGGAGCCGGGACGGAUGGGGCACAGGUGGGGGGGGGGGUGCUGGAGGAAAGGAAAGUGAUCUGUGAGUCCCAUGUAAAUUUGUACAUUGGAAUAUUUAUGUUUGUGUACAUACCUGGUGUGUGUGUAUGAUGAGCCAGUAAACCAGACUGUGUG